CUUGGAGUUUGUGCGCAUCCUGUUCCAACCCAAAUCGGUGCUAGCAGCUCUGCCUAUAUAUAUAAUAAACUCUCAGUGCUCCACAACUCUAUUACCCCUGCUUCUACUAUUCCAUCACUCUUCCCAUGGUAUCCGAUACCGCCAUUAUCACCUGGGGUUCCGGAGAAGAUGGCCAAUUGGGAAUCGGGAGCAACGAGGAGAAGGACCUUGUGUGCGUUGUCACCGCCCUAGAGUCCCGGACUGUUCGCUCCGUUGUCGCCGGUAGCAGAAACUCUCUCGCCAUUUGUGAAGAUGGCAAGCUGUUUACAUGGGGUUGGAAUCAGAGAGGGACUUUGGGGCACCCUCCCGAGAGCAAAACUGAGAACGUUCCUAGCCAAGUUAAAGCUCUUGCCAGUGUUAAAAUCGUUCAGGCUGCUAUUGGUGGAUGGCAUUGUUUGGCUGUUGAUGAUCAAGGCCGCGCUUAUGCCUGGGGUGGAAAUGAGUAUGGACAGUGUGGUGAAGAACCUGAGCGUGACACUGGUAAACCUUUGAAAAGGGACAUAGUGAUUCCUCAGCGCUGUGCUCCCAAACUUGUAGUUCGCCAGGUAGCUGCUGGGGGCACUCACUCUGUGGUGCUUACACGUGAAGGGCAUGUAUGGACAUGGGGUCAACCAUGGCCUCCAGGAGACAUAAAACAAAUUUCAACACCUGUACGAGUACAAGGUCUUGAUGCGGUGAAGCUCAUUGCAGUAGGAGCAUUUCAUAAUUUGGCUCUCCAAGAGGAUGGCACUUUAUGGGCAUGGGGUAACAACGAAUAUGGACAGCUUGGAACAGGGGAUACGCAGCCAAGAUCACAACCCAUUCCUGUCCACGGACUUUCUGGUCUUACUUUGGUGGAUAUUGCUGCUGGAGGAUGGCAUUCUACUGCACUAACAGAUGAUGGAGAGGUGUAUGGAUGGGGCCGAGGGGAACAUGGUAGACUUGGUUUCGGCGAUAAUGAUAAGAGCAGUAAAAUGGUCCCGCAAAAGGUUCAUCUUUUAGCUGGGGAGGAUAUCGUUCAGGUGUCUUGUGGAGGCACUCACUCUGCUGCAUUAACACGUGAUGGGCGCAUUUUCUCGUAUGGUCGAGGUGACCAUGGACGUCUCGGAUAUGGAUGGAAGGUAACAACUGGUCAACCGAUGGAAGUCCCCAUCAAACUCCCUCCCAAAAAUGUCAGUGACACUGAAGCCCAGGGACAUUGGAUUGCCAAACUUAUUGCCUCUGGAGGUCGCCAUACUCUGGCAAUAGUCGAAUGGAAAUUAGAUGAAUCAACUGAAUCAUAAUGGUGACGAGUUCAUUUUUCAGUACCUAGAAUAAUUGAUGUUUGGUUCUGCAUAACAGUACUAUUUAAGAUGAAAUAGUAAGCAUAUGAGGAAUGAUAGUUAACUUUACUAGAUCUAAAAGGGAGUGAAUAGAUUGAUCAGUCUCCAAUUUUAUGUUGAAAACUUCGGGUUAACAGUUAUUGUUGCUGCCAUCGUUUGUUUAUGGAGUUUGGUUUUAUAACAUUCUGCAAUUUACCCAACAUUUCUUUA